CUUUUGCCUUAUCUUAGAUGAAGCUUGUUAAGUGAAAUUAGCCAAAAAGAGAAGAUGAAUACCAGAUGAUCUCACUCAUAGGUAGAACUUAAGAAACAAGGACAGAAAGGGAAAACACAAAAUAAAAUAUUGGACUGUGUUUGAUAUAUUCCACCAAAGCAGAAUACUCUGGGGAGAGAAGCUUGUGUUCUCUGUCGAAAAAAUGAUGACUGUCCUAAUCAAUAUGGAGAAAAGAAAACUAAUGAGAAAUGGAAUCUCACUGUACAUUACUAUUGUUUGUUGAUGUCAAGUGGAAUUUGGCAGAGAGGCAAAGAAGAAGAAGGAGUUUAUGGUUUUCUAAUAGAAGACAUCAGGAAAGAAGUGAAUAGGGCUUCUAAACUGAAGUGCUGUGUUUGCAAGAAAAAUGGUGCUUCAAUUGGAUGUGUUGCACCCCGGUGUAAACGAAGUUACCAUUUUCCAUGUGGACUUCAGAGAGAGUGUAUUUUCCAGUUCACUGGCAAUUUUGCAUCAUUUUGUUGGCACCAUCGACCAGUUCAGAUAAUUGCAUCUAAUAAUUAUGGUGACUCCUUACCAUGCACCAUUUGCUUGGAAUUUGUUGAACCUAUCCCAACUUACAAUGUAUUACGAAGUCCUUGUUGUAAGAAUGCUUGGUUUCAUAGAGAGUGUUUACAGGUUCAAGCAAUAAAUGCAGGAAUGUUUUUCUUUAGGUGCACAAUAUGCAAUAAUAGUGAUGUAUUUCAGAAAGAGAUGUUGAGAAUGGGAAUUCAUAUACCUGAAAAAGAUGCAUCUUGGGAAUUGGAGGAAAAUGCUUAUCAAGAACUUCUGCAGCAUUAUGAGCAUUGUGAUGUCCGAAGAUGUCGUUGCAAAGAAGGACGCGACUAUAAUGCUCCUGAUAGCAAAUGGGAAAUAAAGCGCUGUCAAUGUUGUGGUUCUAGUGGAACUCAUUUAGCCUGUUCCUCACUGAGAUCAUGGGAACAAAAUUGGGAGUGUUUGGAAUGUAGAACUAUUAUCUACAAUUCAGGGGAUUUCCAAAAAGCCAAAAAGCAUACAUUAGUCAGUGCUAAUAAUGUGGGAAUCACUGAUUGUUUAUUGGAAGAAUCAUCACCUAAAUUACCCAGACAGUCACCUGGAUCCCAGCGUAAAGAUGUGCUAAGGCAAGGCAACAAAUAUAGAAAAGAUAUUUCAACCAUAUUAACAGAGUUAGCAUUCCAAAUUAAAAAAAAACCUAGACGUAUAUGUAUCAACAAAGACGAUAUCUGGAAUAGUGCCUUAGAAGGAUUUAGAAAUCAAAAAUUUAAUCCUGUAUAUACAAUUGAAGUAACAUAUAUUAAUGAAAAUGAUCAUUUUGGAAGAGAUUAUCCUGGAUCAAAGCAAGAGUUUCUGAGUCUUUUGAUGCUACAUCUUGAGAACUCACCAUUGUUUGAAGGAUCCUUGUCAAAAAACUUGUCUUUAAAUUCUCAAGCUCUUAAAGAAAAUCUUUACUUUGAAGCUGGAAAAAUGGUUGCCAUUUCUUUGGUUCAUGGUGGGCCUUCACUGGGUUUCUUUUCUAAAACAUUAUUUAACUGCCUUGCUUAUGGACCAGAAAACACACAGCCAAUUUUAGAAGAUGUUUUAGACUUUGAGGUGGCACAAAUUAUCAUUAGGAUAAAUACUGCAACAAAUAUGAGUGACUUAAACUCAAUAAUAAAUGAAUAUUGUAACUACUUUGAGCUUAUUGGGUGUCUAAGAAUUGUAACAUCAUUAAGUGACAAAUAUGUGUUGGUAAAAGACAUACUUUUUUACCAGGUAAUUAAAAGAGUCCAAGCACCCUUUGAGAGUUUUAAGCAGGGUCUGAAAACUCUUGGAGUUUUGGAGAAAAUUCAGACUUAUCCAGAAGUUUUUUGUGACAUCUUUUGUCAUAAACCUGAGAAUCUUUCUGCAAAAAUCCUCAGUGACCUUUUCACAGUGCAUACAUUGUCUGAUGUACAAGCUUUGAAUUUUUGGAACAGUUACUUAAAGGCUGUUGAGGAUGGCAAAUCUACAACAACAAUGGAAGACAUUCUUAAUUUUGCAACUGGUUGCAAUUCUAUUCCACCUGCUGGCUUUAAACCCACUCCUUCAAUUGAAUGCCUACACAUGGAUUUUCCUGUUGGCAACAAAUGUAGUAACUGUUUGACUCUUCCAAUCACCACUACAUAUAAAGAAUUUCAAGAAAAUAUGGAUUUUGCCAUAGGAAACACUCUAAGACUAGAAAAGGAAAAAAGUUCCCACUACAUUGGACCUUAAACUGUUUAAACAAGGAGAUGCUUCUUUAAAAGCUGCUAUUGCCACUUUUUGUUUCAGAAAUUUGCCCAUCAUCCAUCUGAACUUGCUUUAAUAAAACUUAUAUGAAUAUUAAAUGUUUAUUUAAGCUAGAAACUUUUUGUUAAUGUGUGCCAGUCAUAGGUGAUAUUUUUCUAUUUUCUUAAUAUACAUGCUUCAUAAACAUCAGUGUAAAUACUUUCAGUAUGACUAUAUAGUAGUUCCCAUACAAUCUUUUUGUAAAUUAGAAUUAGCUACAAGGGGCAAGAUGGUUUUCCUAGGUGUAAUGCAAUUUUCAAACAGCCAUUUAAUGUUUAGAACAUUAAAUAGGAAAUCUAAUUCAUAAAUCCUAUUCCUUAAAUCAAAAGGUAUAUAUGUAUAUGUAUAUGCCAAAGAUAUGUGUUAUCUAUAUCCUUUUCUAGGAUGACACUAAAUUGGCUACACUGAAUCAUCAUAAAAUAAACACACUGCAAUUAGAUUAUACCUAAUGAAAAGUAUUAUAAAAUAGCAGAAUUGCACAGAUAUUCUGGACUCCAUGGACAUUCCAUAGAUUUUAAAAACACUUCUGAGGAGUUUAAAAUGUAUUUGAAAAUACCUAAGAAGUAUAUUCUUUAAAGCCUUGGCUUUAAUCAUGGAAUUUUGUUUUCCUUUAUCACAUGUGUGGUAUUAAACCGUAGUAUUUUUGAUCCAUAGUCAUUUAAGUAUCCAAAUGAUCUCUGGAUUGCCAUGUGGUUAGUUUGACUGUUCUAUGGUUAUUUAUUACCAAGCAGAUUGUAUGAUAGGUAACCCCACAUGAUUGCAUUAUAGUUUCUUAUUACUGUUGUAAGGUAUGUUGUUAUAUAAACAAUGUAGAAAUGUAUAAAGAAAAGAUGCAAAAACCCAUUCUAAUGUAACAUUGCCAAGGUAAUUACUGUUUCUGUGUAUCUGUUUAUAAACACUUAAGUUUCUUUACUUUCUUACUAGUGCUACUAAAAGCUAACAAUAAACUGUGCAUAGCAAUUUGAAGAUAAAUAAUCCCUAUAGUCAUGAUCCCAUGUCUGUACUUUUGCUAAAGAGAAAAUUGAAAAGUCUGACUUCCUUAGCCUAUCAUCAAAUAUAGACAAGUUUUUCUCCUGAAGUAAAACAUGAGAAGUGAUCAUGAGAGGUAAUUUGCUUGGUUUUAACCACCUUUUUCUUGACACACAAAGCAUAUGUUAGCCAUCACACCCUUCACCCUUCAAAGGAAGCUCCCUUAAAUCAUUGAUAUUUUCAAGAGGAAUUAAAUUAUUGAUAUUUUUGUUUUUAAAAUUUUUCAUUAUCUUUAUUGGAUAUUGACAGUCAGAAAUCAAUCGGAAGGGAGAGACAGAGAGGGAAAGAGACAGAGAGACUCCUGCAACCCUGCUUCACCACUCGCAGAGCUUUCCCCCUGCAGGUGGGGACUGGGGGCUGGAACCUGGGUCCUGACGCAUUGCAACAUGUGCACUUAAUCAGGUGCGCCACCACCUGGCCCCUAAUUAUUGAUAUUUUAAAGGAAAAAAUAUAGAAGGAGUAGAUAGCAUAGUAGUUAUGCAAACAGACUCCAAAGUCCAAGGUUUAAUUUGCUGCACCACCAUAAGCCAGAGCUAAGUAGAGCUCUGAUAAAAAAUGAAUUGAUACUACAAUAUAUCAUUUAGUACCAGUAACAAAAUAUAAUGAAAACAUAGGCCUAGUAUAAUGUUUUGUUAUACUUAAGUAAAAGACCCAACAAAUCAUGCUCCUCUUCAGCUUGAAGUUUUAAGAAUAUUUAAAAAGCUCUUUUUUUUGGGGGGGGGGGGGUCCUCAGGUUGAAUUCUGUUUA